CUUACAGCUCUGGCAGCGCUGACAGCAGGAACAGGGCUGACAACACACAACACCGGCAACACAAAAUUAAAUGCAAAACACUAAAAUGACAGUAAAACAAAAUAUGCUGCUUAAAGGAAUUGUGUUGUGUAUAAUCUUUAUUGCGGGCUGCGCUGCGGAUCACACAACGUUACCCGAGAGCUUUGUGAAUGCCGCCCAGCAAUCGACGCAUACAAAUAAUUGGGCGGUGCUGGUGGAUGCAUCGCGCUUCUGGUUCAACUAUCGUCAUGUGGCCAACGUGCUCUCUAUCUACCGUUCCGUGAAGCGUCUGGGCAUUCCUGACUCGCAAAUCAUUCUAAUGAUUGCCGACGACAUGGCAUGCAAUGCUCGCAAUCCCCGCCCAGGUCAGGUGUACAACAAUGCCAACCAGCACAUCAAUGUGUAUGGCGAUGAUGUGGAGGUCGAUUAUCGCGGCUACGAGGUCACCGUGGAAAACUUUGUGCGUCUGCUCACGGGACGCACUCAGAAUGGUACGGCACGGUCCAAGAAGCUGCUCUCUGAUGCAGGCAGCAAUGUGCUGAUCUAUUUGACGGGACAUGGUGGUGACGGUUUUCUCAAGUUCCAGGACUCAGAAGAGAUAACCAGUCAGGAGUUGGCCGAUGGCAUUCAGCAGAUGUGGGAAAAGAAACGCUAUAACGAACUCUUCUUUAUGGUGGACACUUGCCAGGCGGCCUCGCUCUAUGAGAAGUUCACCUCACCUAAUGUUCUGGCGGUGGCCAGCAGUCUGGUCGGCGAAGAUUCGUUAUCGCAUCAUGUGGAUCCCUCGAUUGGCGUCUAUAUGAUCGAUCGCUACACUUAUUAUGCACUUGAGUUUCUGGAGAAGGUUCAGCCCUUUAGUAAGCGAACAAUUGGCGAAUUUCUGCAAGUGUGUCCCAAGCGCGUCUGCAUCUCGACUGUCGGUGUCCGCAAGGAUCUCUAUCGUCGGGAUCCGCAUAAGGUGCCCAUCACCGACUUCUUUGGCGCUAUUCGGCCAACUCGCGUCUCCACGGAACGCAUCAAUGUGACGCUGUCCAACGAAGAGGACUUUGUUAACGAUGUCGCAAAUGUGCAGCCAAAGAAAGAGUUCAAGAUCAUAAUGGAGCCACAGUUCACAGCUGAAUUAUUGAAAUGACCUGAAUGUACAUAGACUAGCUUUGAUUAAAGACUCGAUGGCGAAGAAAUCAGCAUUUUCUAAACAAUUUGUAUGCUAAUGAAUAAAUAAUGUACCAUAUGUUUUACGUGUGAUAGGAAACCAAUUUUGAUAUCAUUUCAAGUGUG